UUCCUUCAGUGGCGCGUUUUCGCAUCGCUUCAUCGCUGGCUUCUGGUCACACUAGCAGGUUCAGCAAAUGUUUAUUGCGGAAUUUCAUUAGUUUGUUUAUUUGCGACGGAUUUUCAUUUUCCCCUGAAAUUUGAUCCUAUAUGGAGUGACUAGCUUCAUCUGGCUCCUUUUGAAACAACGCCCGCGCUUUUUCAAGGCUACGGAAUCAUAAACAACGCGAUGGAGCGGAGUCGAAGAAAUGGCCGGAUACGCCGGAAACAUUCAUCCGGAUCGGACAGUGAUAGCCCCAGCCAAGCUCCGAGCAGAAAACGAAGUAGGCAAGUGCCUGCGGCCGAGGCAGAGUCUGAGUCGGAGGUGACUAAAAAUGAUAGUUUCGAAUCUUCGGCGCCAAGCGUGCAGGCCACUAGCCGGAAGUCUCGCAAUUCCGGGUCCAACAUGUCCCAGCGUGCCACCAGCUUUAACCUAACGUCAGAGCUAUCAGUUCCGAAUGCUUUUGAUCGUUGUGGGAAAGUUAUUUCGAUGCGACUCACGAACUUCAUGUGCCACUCGAAUCUCUUAGUAGAAUUCGGUCCGAACAUCAACUUUUUGGUCGGCAACAAUGGCAGCGGCAAGAGCGCUGUCAUCACAGCCCUGGCCCUGGGCUUGACCAGCAGCGCCCGAGCCACUAGCCGGGCCAGCAGCAUCCAGAAGCUAAUUAAGAAUGGGGAGACAAGUGCCACCAUUUCCAUAACUCUGUCCAAUUCUGGUCUGAGACCCUUCAAGGCGGACAUCUUCGGGCCGCACCUCACCGUGGUGCGCCACCUGCGGCAGUCGUCCUCCGCCUAUGAUCUUCUGGACGCGCGUGGGAAGAGCGUUUCCAAGAAGGUUGCCGAGAUCCGGCGUAUGCUUCUUUGUUUUGGCAUUAAUGUAGAGAACCCCAUCUUCGUUCUGAAUCAAGAGGCAGCGCGCGAAUUCCUCAAAGACUUGGAGCCCGCGUCGAAUUACAAACUGCUGAUGAAGGCAACGCAAUUGGAUAUAUGCGCGAGUAGUCUGAUGCAGUGCCACGAGCAACGUCGGCACUUUUCGCAGAACCUGGACCAGCUGGAGAAAAAGAAGGAACUUGUCGAGAAGGAUGUGGAGGCGGAGGCCGAGAAACUCUCCAUCCUGAAGGACAAGGAGGUGGUCAAGGUUAAGCUGCAACAGAGCCAGACCAAGUUGGCGUGGUUGGCGGUGACUCGGGUGCAGACAGAGCUCCAGAACUUGGAGCACUCGAUUGGCCUGAUAGAGGCCAAAAAGGCAAAGCUUGAAGGGCAGACAUCCAAGAAGGAGAGCACCCAGGCUGUCCUCACGCAGAAGCUCAAGGACUUCCAGGUCACAAAGAGCGAGAUAAUGGAGGCCUACAAGGCGCAGGACCUUAAGAUGAAAGCCGCCAAGCGAUCAGUGCAGGAUAUUGCUGUGAAAACUGCUUCUCUCAAAGCCCAGAUCGGCAACGCUGAGAGAAGGUUGCGGGAGGAGCAGCAUGCGUACAAUGCCUGCAAGAAGCAUAUUGGAAGCUACCAUGCCAACUUCACGCGGGUGAAGGAGCAGCGGGAGGAGCACACCAGGACAAUGGAGGCUCUGAAGCUGCAAGUGGCCGAAAGCGAGGCACUAAUCGCGCGUCUACGCGAAGAGCAGCAGGAGAUAAAGAGGAACACGAACUCUGUCCACGAGAGCUUGGAGGCCGUUAAGAACGAGAGAAUCCAGUUGCAGAAAUCCAAACAAAACAUGCAGUGGGAAAUCGACUCACUUUCCCGGAACAAGUCCAACAAACUUUCUGUUUACGGCGAGCAAGCGAUUCAGGUGGUGUGUGCCCUGCGCACCCAGUACUCUGGCGCCAACAUGCACCGAAUGCCCCGGGGUCCUCUCGGACAAUACAUAAGCGCCCCGAACUCCAAGUACCGCGACCUAGUGGAGAACCAGCUCAUGUCUUGCCUUCGCUCCUAUAUUGUCGGUUCGGAUCGAGAGCGCCAGUCACUACGUGCCUUGUUGCAGAACAAAUUUUCCGGCGGGAUGGUGCCAACCAUAAUCACCAGUGCCUUUACUGAUCAGGUGUACAAUGUUUCGAGGCAUAAGGUGAGACCAACAACGCCCAACACCACAGUCUUGAUAGAUGAAAUAAGCUGCGACGAUCCUGUGGUAAUGAACUACCUCAUCGACAAUUUUCGCAUCGAAACAGUUCUCGUGACAGAAUCCAAAGAGAUAGCUGAGUUUCUCACCUCGGAUACGGAGAAUGUGCCCCCCAACCUAACCCGAGUUCUGGUUCCCAACCUGGGCCUGGAAUACAUACCGUCUCCCAACUAUGCCGUCUACUCGAAUCGCAUAAAUCCGGCCCGCUUCAUUCACGUGAACGUUGACGAUCGCAUUCGGCAGCUGCAAAUGGAACAGGGCGGACUUCAGGAACGGGAAGCUGCACUGGAGAUCGACUACAUGCACAAGAAGAAAAUGUUGGAGAGCACCAAUCUGGAGGUGGCCAAGAGGAGCCAUCUAAUUGGUCAACAGCAGUCCAAAAACCAGAUGGCGAUGCAGAAGAAAAUUGAGUUGGAGAACUUUGAUUACCAGGAGCUUCCGGAAUAUGAUCGAUUGAAAAAAACUUUGAGUGAAAGCGGGGAGAAAAUUGAAAAGUGCAACGAAGAAAUUGAAGAGCUUAAGCAGAAAAUAAUUGAAAUCAAUGAGAACAAGAUCAAGCUCGAAACUGCAGAAGCCAACGAAAAAAUUGCACUGGAGGAGAUUCUUGGAAAGGUUUCCAGCCUGGAGACUGAAGCUCGGGAUAUUGAUGGACAGAUACGGAGUUUGGAUCUUCAUUACGAGGAAAACACCAGAAAUCUGCAGAAGACUCUGGAGCUGGAGAGGAAAAUGCUCGAUAAAAAGCGAAACGUGGAGGAGGAACUGGAGAAGGUGCGCGGAGAGGCUGAGCAAUUGGGGGAGUUUGUAGCCACGACGCAAACAGAGGAGCAUAUACGCGAUUCCAUAAGUCGCUACAAAUCGAAGAUCAAACAAGUGGAGCAGCUCAACUACAAAAUAGAGGAAGUGGAGAACGAGCUGGGCGCACUGAGAGACAAUCUGGGACAUCAAGUUCGGCAGCUGGAGAUGGUCCAGUCGGUGAUCAAGAAGCUUCGGGUAGCCUACCAUCAGCGUGCCCAACUCUUUCAAAGAUCCCGCCACCAUUACUUCACAAUGGUUCAGUUUCAGUUCGAGCAAGCACUUGCUCUGCGCCGAUUUCAUGUCAGUUUUGAAACCAGCGACAGAGAAAAGACGUGGAAGAUAAAUGUCUUCCCCCCCAGUGGAAAUGAGACUUCGAAUACGAGAAGUUUAUCCGGUGGCGAACGUUCCUUCACCACGGUAUCAUUGCUAAAGGGACUCUGGAGCACUUCAGACCAUCCCUUUUACUUUUUAGAUGAAUACGAUGUGUUUACAGACGAAGUAAACCGAAAGUUUAUUACGGAGAUUCUUAUUAGCGAAGGGCUGGAGUGCAAGACCCGUCAGUAUUGUUUCCUUACCCCCCAGGACACUGAGGUAGAAGCGAGCAGCCUCAUCACAGUGCACAAAUUGGAGGCUCCUGAGCGCUGAUAUUCAGACAAUUAUUGCGACUCGAUUGUUGCCGGUCGACAUGACAUUAGUUUCUAUGAAUACGUAACAGAAAUAAGGAAAGUUUAAUUUACUCAAGAUGUUUAAGAUAUUUUGUUGUUUUAGUUUAAGUCAAAGGGGUUUUCAAAUAUACCGAAGAACGUA